UCUGUCAUAAUCAGGAAAACUUUUAUUUUGGGAUAGUUUUGUAGCGAUACCUUCCACUUUCACCAUGUGAAGGACAAUUUGUUUUCAUGAAUUCUUUACUGAGUUGAGGAGGAAAUUAAGUUGAUAUCAGUGUACUGUAUGUAAGGGGGACAGUUAAAAACAUGGAGACUUGUGGCUAGACGACUAAUCAGUUCUUCAUGAUAAGACAGUGAAGGAAAAAAAUCUCCAUUUUCCAUUCUUUUUGUAUAUGAGAGGAGGAACAAAGUCAUAUCAGUGUGUAGCACCUUACAUAAGUUUUGGGAACUGCAAUGGCCUUCUAUGAGGACACCACAAGGUUCAUUGCAUGUGUUGGUGUUCUUUUAAUCUGGACUAUUCCUUCCUCCCAGGGUUGUAUGAAAGGGUGUGUUUGUGACAAUUCCACUGUGUCCUGUACUCAAAUUUUAACCUUUAGUGCUUUUACAUUUCAACCCAAAAUUACUAAACUCAACAUAACUCUCAGCUAUCUGGGACCUCAUCUACAAACCUCUUUUUCUCCCUACAUGGAUUUAGAAGAGCUUUAUUUAUCAAAUAACAGACUUCACGUGCUGGAUGGAAAUAUAUUCAAGUUCCUCAGAAGACUGAAAUACCUUGACCUUAGCAUGAAUCACCUAGUGCGCCUUGACAACCACAUUUUUCAACAUUUGUCGUCUCUAGAAGUUUUGGAUCUCAGCCACAAUGACUUUUUUAUUCUGCCGGACAUUCCUUUCAGAUACCUCAUUAACCUUAGAGUUUUUAACAUGAGUUUUAACCAAUUACAGAACCCUAAACUAGGACUUAGAUUUCAGGUCAUGACCUUCUUAAAUGUCCUUGACCUCUCAGCAAAUAACUUUACUAUCAUUGGUAAGGACACAUUUGAAAAUACUCAAGGAUGGUCUGAUCAAGUUCCAAAGCAUGUCAAUCUGUCUAACUGUGCAAUCUCAGUGAUAGAACCUGACACUUUUGUCUACCCAGUGAGAAUGGAGCUUCUGUCAGUAGCAGGGAACCCUGGGAUAGGCGUGGAAAAUCUCACAGACAUGUUCAACUCCUCUCAUUUCGAACAACUAAAACAUCUAGAUAUCUCUGAUAUGAACCUGACUGAUGUUACUGAUCUUAUUCCAAUGUUCAGUAGAACCUCUUUGUCUGAACUAAAAAUAGCCAGGAACAACCUGCGGGAAAUCCCCCUAAGUCUGAGGGACUACCUCCGUCGUCUCACAGUUCUGGACAUCAGCUAUAAUCAGCUGGACAAACUUUCCAAUGCUGUGACUGAAAUUGGUGGACUCCUUUAUCUGGAUGCCUCACAUAACAAAAUCACUGAGAUAGAUGAAACUUUCAAACAAUCUCUGACAAACCUCCACACCCUGAGACUUUCUCACAAUCGCCUUGGAGACAACUCAGUGUCUGUAACCAACAGUGAGGCCCUGAUAUUGCUGGACCUCAGCUUCAAUGAAAUGACACACUACCAGGCCCCCAGCACACUGAGAAACCUAGAGGACCUACUGCUGUCUGGAAACCGGAUCAGAAACAUCUCGUCCAUGACUGGCCUCCACAACCUUCGGAGGUUUGACAUCAGUCAGAACAGCCUGAUCCAGCUCCCAGAAUUCCUCUUUCUAGACUCCAGGAAGUUAAUCCAAACAAACUUCAGCUCCAAUAAGAUAGCAGUGGUCAAUCAUCAAACAUUCCGUCCAAAGUCACCUGAUGUGAUUGAUCUGUCUAAUAACAAGCUAGUGAGAUUGAGGAAUGCUGGCUGGAAGACUGCCAAAUCUAUAGAUCUCCAUGGUAACAGGAUCAGUGAAAUGGAUGACCAAUCAUUUUAUGCCAUGUAUGACCUGAAAGAGUUAGAUCUUAGCCAAAAUAAUCUCAGUCAACUCAAUCCAGCAGUUUUUGUCUUUUUGAGUGACCUGAUGGUUCUUCAAUUACAACACAACAUCAUCUCUAAUGAUAUUGAACUUUACAAUACAAUGCAAUCAUUAUAUCAGAUAAAAAGUGUUGAUCUGAGCCACAAUAAAUUCAGAUACUUGACUGAGGGAACUUUCAACUCCUGUCCAAACUUGGAGAAAAUCAGCAUGAGUGAUAACCCUAUCCAUCUUCUCCACUCUUCCACUUUCUCUGUGCUGAAGAAACUACAAGAAGUGGAUUUUUCCAACAGCAAUUUCUUAUGUGGAUGUGAACUCAUUGGUUUCCAAGAGUGGAUGUUAAUGACAAAAGUCAGAAUUAUCCACCAAUCCAACAGCAGCUAUGUAUGUAAGUCCCCAAUCCACAGGCUAGGAAUGGAUGUUAGGAGUUAUGAAAUGAGUGACUUUGAAUGUGAUGAGACCCUGUUCUACGUUACUGUGUUUUCCUCUAUAGCAGCGGGUAUCAUGGUGAUAGGUGCUAUCGCGGCUCUCAUUUACUACUACUGCUGCAAAAAUAGAACACAGAAAUCAGAUGAAAUGUACAAACCAAUCAUGAAUGGGAGUGUUCCUUUGAAAGAGGAAAAGAAAAGAAGAGGCAUUCCAAUAGAAAUUCUAAAGAAUGCAGAUGCCAGUGAAGUGGAGAAACUCCUUAAAGCAGAAUAUCGAAGAAAGAAGGAACCUGAGAUAUCCCAGAAAAUGAAGGUCAAGGAGGAUCCCAAGAAAAAGAGGCAGAAAAAGAACACAGUAGAAAACAGGAUCACAAAAGAUAUGAUCAGGUACCCUGGGAUUCAACGUGAUGUGAGAACAUUACCGAGGAGGAUAGAAAAUCGGUAUGUGGAUAGACGCGAUUACUACAGACCAAUGCCAUCACGUCCUAUCUACAACCCCUAUCUGUACGACCGCAGUAAAAGCCAAGUGGACCUAUAUCCACCUUCAAGAAGGUCACAAUAUUACGGAUACAGGGAGAGACCGAGAAACCCCUACUACAUCGCCCAGAACGUAGAUAUCAUUCGGCGCCCUCGACCCAGAUAUAGUCAGAGCAUGCCAGAUAUGCUGAACAGAAUAACCACCCUCCCCAAGCCCCGCCCCCCUAGGGAGCCUCAUUAUAUCAGGAGAGAUCCAAGAACUGAGGAAAGUGCUUAUGACGUGAGGGCUUUUAAUGAUCCAGCUUACAGGCCGUGGGCGGAUCAAGAGAGGUGGGAAGAGAGUAGAAGGGAAUACAUAGCUCCUGCAGAUAUCCCCCCUGAGCCCCCCACAAUUCACUCUGGAUAUUACACGAUCUCGGCUAAAACAGCAGAAAGGGGAAGUGGAAAUAGAACUCAGUGGAUAUAAUGUACAUCUAGCAUAGUUUAUAUUAGUAUUGAAUUGAACGGCUAAGCUUUUUUGAAAAACAAGUUUUUUUUUUCAUGUAUGCACAAAGAAUUCUUGGAAAUUUAUUUAUCCUACCUUUUGUCUAUGUACACUGUAUUGUUAUAAAUGAUUUUAUCUACAUAAUUAUUAGUUUUAGGUAUAAUAAUAAAAUAUAUAGUGUAACUCCAAUUUGUACUGGUAUUCAUAACUGGCUUAAUGCUGCAUAUCGAUUUAUUAUCAAAGUUAUAUAAUUUAUAUAUAUCCAUGCCAAUCUCUGCAUAAAUAUUCUUACUG